UCAGCGAGAGCAGUGCCUGCGGCCUCGUGUUAGUGCCUCAAUUCCGUGCUCACAUGGCAAGUGAUGGUGGCACCGGUACCGCCGGUACCUCGAGUGGGACAAAAGCCAACAAGCGCCGCUACUGCUGCGUCAAAGAUUGCCACAGCCGUGAAGGACAGCCUGGCAUCCGAUUGUUCCGUUUUCCCGGCCAGCCGUGGGAGAAAGAACGGCGGAGAAAAUGGAUUGUUGCCGUUCGGCGAGUGAAUGAGUGUGACGGCUCUGCUUGGAUCCCAAGUGAUGCAGCAAGGGUGUGCUCAAAGCACUUCGUCAACGGCGAAAAGAGCAACAUUGCUGCACAUCCAGGCUACUACCCUACCAUUUUUCCAGAUGCAUACAAGUCCCGUCCUGUGGACGCAGAAAGAGCACUGUCAAGAUAUGAACGAUGGAACAGAAGGGCAUCUGCUGCAAGGCCGGCAAAUCCUCAACACACAAGUUCCCUCCGCACAACUGAAGCAGAUCUUGGUGACAGUGAGGACACUGCUACCUCCAGUGCUUGUGCGAAUGGCUUGGAGCUUCUCUGUACUGCCGCUGCAUUGGUACAAGAACGAACUGCAGACCAGCGGAAAAGGUUCCACUAA